AAGCAAAAACCAGGACAACAUAAAGAUGACAAAGGAAAAUGAUUUGUUAUGUUUACCUUGAGAAAUUGAUUUAAUCUCGUUAAUUAAUUUGUUUAUAAUUUUGAUUUUGUGACAAUUAACCUUAUCAACAAUCGGUGAUUCUAUUAAGCACAAUUAAAUCCGGUUAAAUUAUCUCAAAUAAUCACCAAUGUGAUAAAACAAAUCAACUUCUUUGUGAAUAUCAACAAACAGGAGGCCCAAUGGUAAAUUUAACCCUCCGAAUGGUAUAAACAUGAAACAAUCAGUUAAUUACUGAAAUAAUCAUUAAGUUAACAACACCACUAUUACCAUGGACAAUUAAUUAAUCAUCUCAACAACUAAUCAAAUUUGAUUUGGAUCUUUUUCUGUGUCUUGUUUACAAAGGAAGAAAAAUUUUCUAUUCUCUUUGGUUUUCCCUCGCCCUUAUCAGAGUCUUAAUGUUAAUCGUUCCUGUUGUUGUUGAUGGUGAAUUUUGAUCUCUAUUAAUUAAGAAUAAACAAUCAACAAUUAAGUGAUUGCUACAUCUCGUGUUGCCUUUUCCAAUUGAUCAGAAUUUUCCAUUUUCUCUUAAAGUCACUUUGCCUUUAUGUUUACAAUCUCAUGGAUCAAGAGAGUAUUUGAAUUAAGUGAUCACCAGUUUCGCCAUUUCUCCGAAUUACUCUGUUGAUUUGAAAUUCUCUUCGAUUAAUAGAACAAAUAAUAUUUAUGAUUCAAUCUGUUCCAAGGUUAAGGGUACAUGUAAACCUAAAUUGUCCCACAAUUCUGGAGAACAUUAAAUAGAAAAGAAGAGAACAACUUGUAACGACUCCAAGUGUCACCAGCAUUUGGAUCAUCAACCAAACGAUUUAACCAACAGUUUAUUUCUGCCAUUGGAACAAUUAAUCAUCGGUUACUGACAACAUCACAUUCCUAUUAAUUUACCUGUUCUUUUUUUCUUGGGUUUUCCAUUUAUUCUGUUUGUCAUUUUCAUCUGGAGGAUAUAAACACACAUACACUCAAAUCGAAAUCUUUCAAAAUUCAAAUUCUAUUAUUGAUCAUCUUUAACCAUGAGACCAAUUAACUUAGCUGAUUGUCAAGAGACUAAGGAGUUUGUCAUAAUUGGCAAUGGUCCAUCAGCGAUUACUUUAAGCUACCUUUUAGCCGGUAAUUGGCCUUAUUAUAAGCCAAGUGAACCUCAUCCCAAUAUUGAGUUAAAUGCUCGUUUAACUUCACCAAGUGAUUCUGAAACAUUUAGUGAUCAACUCGAUUUAUCGACAAUACCUUUAGUAAAACGUGACUUACAAUAUUUAUCUAAUGGUUUACCAGGUCGUUCUCGUAAUCCAGUGUCCAUUUUGUUUGAUGCCUUACAACAUCCUGAUGCAGAUAUUGGUUCUGACAUUCCGACAGCUCUUUCUUGGUCAUUCCAUCCAGAGAAAUCAGUUUCCCAUCUUGUCCUUGGUUCAGGUCCACCCGGUGGUUCUUGGCAAAAAAUGAAAGAUUGUAAUAAUACCUUAACCAUUAGCCUCGGAACAUGGAUGCAAUUACCCAAUUUAAAUAUAAGACAAUGGUCUUGUGAUACUAAAAGAGAGUCUCGAGUCCCUUUGGGUCGAGUUGCCAAAUAUUAUCGUGAUUAUGUUAAAUGUCAAGAUCUUGAGAAAUAUUUUCUCAAUAAUAGUCAAGUUACACGUUUGGAAUACAACGAGGAUGAUGCCCUUUGGAAGGUUUCGGUAAUGGAAGAGAAAGUUGGACAUUUCACCAUCUCAACCCCUCGGGUGGUUCUUGCCACUGGAGUCAAUGAGAAGCCAAAUAAAUUGGGUAUCAAGGGGGAAUCUUUUCCCUUUGUCAUUAAAUCACUGACAGAAUUUGAGAAGGUUUUGUCCAACUUGGAUCGAACAGUUUGUAAUGAUCCCGUUUUGAUUGUUGGUGCUGGUCUGUCAGCAGCUGACGCUGUUAUUACCGCUCGAUUUGAGGGCAUACCAGUUUAUCAUGCAUUCCGGCGGCAUCCUGAUGAUCCCACUCUUAUAUUCAAUCAAUUACCUGGAAACAUGUAUCCCGAAUACCAUAAAGUUCAUCAGAAAAUGAAAGGAAAAAGUCUAUCAACCGAUUAUAAAGCUUUCCCUAUGCACUGUAUCAGUGAGAUUCGAGCCAAUCGAACUGUUGUUCUAACUAACCUUAUCGGUGCUGAAUACAAUGGCCUAGGUGAUUCAACUCGAACAACUCUUCAGGUCUCUUAUAUCCUUGCGCUAAUUGGACGACGGGCUAAUCUUGAUUUUAUUUACCCAAAACGAUUGCGAUCCCAAUUGCUGCAACAUCCAACUCAACCAUUCCACAGUCGAAACAAUCCAAUUGCGAUUAAUCCCUUUACACAUGAGUGUUUGAACGUUGAGAAACUUUACGCCAUGGGACCGCUAGUCGGUGAUAAUUUUGUUCGUUUCGUUCAAGGAGGUGCAUUGGCCAUUGCAAAUCAUUUCUGGUCAUCGUCACCAGCCCCAAUUUCACCAUCAUCGUCUUCAUCUGAAGAUUCACCGGAUGAUCCUUGAAAAGGGAGCCAUUGACUGUGAGUGAGAUUGGAAAUUCAGAGUAAACUCAGAACAGAAAGUGCAGAAAAGAGACAAAAGUUCUGGGAAAAUGUCGCAAUUUUUUUUAUCAAUUAAUCACUUGGAUUUGUAGACUUGAACUGGAAAAAAAAAUUUGAGCAAUCAAAAUGAAGCCAAUUCUUUGUGUUCAGAUUUUCAUCUUCAAUGGUGUGAAACACUCAUCACGACGAGGACAAGUAAAUUAAGCCUAAACUGGUCACACAAUCAAAUUUUACCAAAGUGCAUACCCUACAAUUAGUUGAUUUGAAAACAGCCAAUCGAGAUUCACAAUUGAAUUUGGAUCAAUUCUCAACUUGAAUCAUUCCAGGAAAACUGCUCAAUUUUUUCAUCUCAAUUCAAAACACUUAAACUACAAACUUACAAGAUACUGAGACACAAAAGCCAAACAAAUGUAAAGGAAACCCGAAAGACAAUAGACAGCAAUUAUUAGCUGCAUCAUAAUUAAAUCAACGAUAGUUUAGUAAAUCAUUAAAUUGCCAAAGAAAAGACAGGAACCAAAGCUAAAAUGAGAAUUGGGAUCUAUUUGUUAUGCAAUUUAACUUUGAACUCGAUGGUAUUUUCCUUUAUGGAGAAACCCAAAUAUCUUUAAUCUUAAUCUCUUGAUCCUUCUAAUCAAAUUUGUCUUCAAUGUGAAAGAGGGAGAGAGAAAGAGAGCUGAAGAUAACGGAAAUAUUAAAGAAAAAGGAAGAUGACAAGAGACCCGAGUUGACAAAUUGGUAGAAAAAGUUUUCCAAUUGAGUUGGAUUACCGUUUAUCGGACGUUAAUCAACAAGUGUAAGAUGAAAAUCUUGAUUGUUGGAUAUCUAAUCUUACCAAAGAAUCAACAUCAAUUACUAUCACCAUAAUUCAUCUCGUCUUCAUCUAAACAUCAUUUCCUUUAAUAUUGCUGACAAAUUGAUUAAUCAAUUGAAACCUUAAAAAAUUGACAUCAAUCAAUCAGAUGAUUCACUCGAUUCCAUUUCUAACCAUCUAUCAUCCAACCAGUUAUCUUUAAUCAACAACAAUUAAACACAAGUGAAAGUUUAAUAAUCACUGUCAAAUCCAAUGGAGGAAAAGAAAAGACUUUGGAACAACAAUCAACAUAGAAAAGUUAAUCAACUUAAUUAGAGUGAAUCACCUGUUGUAGUGAAAGUAUUGAUUCCCUUGGAGUAUUUAAUUUUCAAUUAAUUUCAAAGUUUUUUUUUUAAUUAGUUGAUCAUUUUUGAAGUAAAUUGGCUGAUGAACAAUUAAUGAACUUAAAAUAAUAUUUGAUAGUUUACAAUAUUUUUCGAGUUGUUUUUAAAGAGGAAAAGCGAGAAGAGUUAAUAACUGUGAUUGACUGGUUACAAUUAACUAACAAUUAGAUUUUUCUUUGUUCUCCUCUACAAUUUUUUUAACAAUCGGAUUUUAAUCAACUUCAUAUCGUUAAUUGUUACAUUCAUGGACUUUGUCAUUGGAUCAAAGAGUCGCUUCUCUCUCUCUCGAGUGAAAUGUCUUCAUCAUCAACAAUUUAAAAGUUUCCAUUAACUAACAAUAUUUAGAUCUUGGCUCAAUAACAACCGUUAAUUUCCUGUGACAAUUAUGCCAACUUUAAUUAGCUACGAGAAUCUAAUCAACAUCAUCGCACAAACAAAGUUAAAAAUAUGAAUUAAACACAAUCAAUUCAGGUCAAGGUGAUUAAUCAACAAGGAGUGUAAAUGGAGAGAUUUUUUUUUCUCGACUCACAAUUAAGAGAAGCCAAAGAAAGAGGAUUUAACUGUUAUAAUUACAAUCGAAUUUAUUUUUUCCUUUAUUUUUUAAUCACUGUUACAAUCUAAUACUCGUUUCCACUAAAACUUUAUGAUUUAAAUGAAAUUAUUUGCCCUGUGUUUUGAAUUUUAAUUGUUGAAUUGCAAAGUUUUCAAAUAUUUUUUAUCAACUGUUAAUUUGAUUGUUUUGUUUAAUCGUUACCACCAAUAAGUCAUUUGAUGUAAAUUAAAUGAUCGAAAUUGUUAAAUUUGAUCUAAAGCACAAUACGAAAAUAAAAUUGACAAUUGACUCUCCAAA